CUUCAAUUAAAAGGUUAUGGAACUUCAAAAAAGAGAGAAAACAUCUCCAAAAGGCGAAUUGUUUUGGAAAGGGAUUGUCAGAGGGGAUUAUCUUGUUGAGAAGCGAGUAGAAAUGGCUGCGACAGAAGGUGGCAGGAUAUUCGUCGGUGGCUUAUCUCCGGACGUUACGGAGAGAGACCUUGAGCGAGCUUUUAGCCGUUUUGGGGAGAUCCUCGAUUGUCAGAUCAUGCUGGAAAGAGAUACUGGCCGUUCACGUGGAUUUGGGUUUAUCACUUUUGCUGAUCGCCGAGCCAUGGAUGAUGCCAUUAGAGAUAUGCAUGGAAGGGACUUUGGUGAAAGGGUCAUCUCAGUGAACAAGGCUGAACCCAAGAUGGGCCGAGAUGAUGUGGGAAGCCAUGGGUACAGGAGCGGUGGUGGUGGCAGCUACUCAUCGGCUGGGAAAGGUAACUAUGGCGGAGGCGGAGGUGGUGGGGGUGGGGGUGGCCCCGAUGAUGAAUGCUUCAGGUGUGGACGGGUUGGCCACUGGGCCCGUGAUUGCCCGUCUGCUUCUGGUGGCCGAGCUGGACCAGUGGCUGCUGUAGGUUCGUUUUCUUCUUCCGGUAUGUAUGGAGGUUCUGCUGGCCGUGUGGACCGCUAUGGUGACCGUGACCGUGACCGCUAUCUGGACAGAGGAAGGUACAUAGAUGAUCAGCACGACAGCUCACGACUCGGUGUCAGAGACCGGUUUGACAGUCGGGAUACCUACAUAGGCCGUGACCGAUACUCCAAUGACAGGUAUGCUCCUCCGGUGGAUCGCUUUUCCGGUGACAGAAAUGGCGGGAGAUCGGACCGUUACCCUCUAAACGGCUAUGAGAAAGCACGUCCUUAUGAACGGGCAGCAGGCAGUGACAGGUACGGGGCCGGGGGACCGGUACGAGAAGAGGGAAGAGGGUUCAGGAGCAGGGCAGGCCCUUAUGACCGGCCGAGCCGUGGUGGCGGGGGGGGGGGGGGGGGCUUCGUCUUUUGACCGUUACUAGGCCGUGAACUUGGAUUGAUGCUUUGCUUCUUUAGGUUUAAAUAUGAAUGACGGAGAAUGAGUGUGUUUGGUUCCAAAAUGCAAAUGCAAACUUUGCGUAUUCGAUGAUGUUUCGAAUGAUGUGGCAUUUCUAGUGUUUGUAAUUUUUUUUUAAUCUUCUAGCGAUGGAUGGAUUUUUUUUUUAUUAUAAACUUUUACUUUCUUAAGUA